AUGCACCCUCCGCUGACGCUCGAGAACCACCCGCUGUGUAAAGACGUCGUCAUCGCGCUCAAGCGGUGCCACAGAGACAACCCGUGGGCGCGCGCGUGGGGCGCGUGCAACGAGCAGAAGUGGGCGCUGGACGAUUGCCUGAAGAAGCAGAAGCUCUUCAAGUUCCGCGCGAACCACGCCAAGGCGAAGGCGCAGCAGGACCGACUCCGCAGGCGCGUGGAGAAGUACGGGCACGCGACGACGAACGGGCAGUUCAAGGGGUGA